GCCACACACACGCUCACACCCCUUCUCCCGCCGCCAGCUGCCGGGGGGCACUUUUGAAAGCCGCUCCGGUUCCACACCCAGCCGCCGCUGACAUCAUUCCCGCAGGGAGGGCGGGCGGAGGCACCGCCGCCAGACGGUCGCAGCCCGCGGAGAGCUGCCCCCGGCCCGCGCCCAUUGAUCUCAGACCAAAGCCUCCACAGAGCAAGGAUGUUGAUUCUCCUGGCUUUCAUUAUUGUGUUUCACAUAACCUCAGCAGCACUGCUGUUCAUCUCAACUAUUGACAAUGCCUGGUGGGUAGGAGAUAACUUUUCUACAGAUGUCUGGAGAAUGUGCAUCACAAAUACUAGCACCUGCAUGGCUAUUACUGAUCAGUUCAGAGAGUAUCAAUCGAUUCAGGCUGUUCAGGCUGCCAUGAUCCUAUCUACUAUUUUCUGUUGUGUGGCAUUUCUGGUUUUCAUUCUUCAACUCUUCCGUCUCAAGCAAGGAGAAAGAUUUGUGUUAACCUCAAUCAUCCAGCUCCUGUCGUGUCUGUGUGUUAUGAUUGCAGCUUCCAUUUAUACAGACAGGCAUGAAGAACUGCACCAGAGCUAUGAAUAUAUGAUGGAAGUUUCUAAAGGCCAAUAUGGCUAUUCCUUUGUCUUAGCCUGGAUUGCGUUUGCCUUUACCCUGAUCAGUGGUGUGAUGUACUUAGUAUUAAGGAAGCGUAAAUAAAUGUCAGCAGCUAGUUAUUUCUGUCACUGCAGUACAAAACCAAAUUCCAGUAACCAUUUUGUAUAUAAUCCUUUACAUGGUUUUGUAGUAAAGGUAUUGUUUCUCUAAAAA